AUGAAGGUCAUAUUUGUCUUUAUGUUCGUAACGCUUUGUUCACAAAUUGUUUUGAGUAAUAGUGCGCAUGUAUCGGGGGCUUCUGUAUCAAGUACUACAGCUAAACCUUGGGCUCGAAAAUUUAAAGAUGGAGCGAGUAAGUUUCUUGAGGGUGCGGCGAUAGUGAGCGCUGUGCAGGGUGUGGUACAAAAUGGACGCGGAAGCAGGCACAAGUCUUCGCAUCCAUUUGCUACUGCUCAUAAAAAU